AUGCGAUCGUGUUACUCUGAUUGCUUUGAGGUACGUAUCAAUGAUUAUUGCUACACCAAAGCGUAUAUUGGUCAUUACUGUAUAUUCAAUGAGCAGUGCCAAGGUGGCUCAACAUGCUUGAAUAAUUAUUGUGGUUGUGAGAUGGGCAGCGCAGUUGAAGGAAAUCGUUGCUUGAAUUCGACUAACGAAUGCCCCAUGAAUCAAAUUCGUAUUCAAGAGCGUUGCUAUAGUACGUCUCAAAUUGGUGGACCGUGUCAACACUCACAACAAUGUCUUGGCGGUUCAUUCUGUGAGUUGGGCAAGUGUGAAUGUCCUGAGGAUUCGGUUCAAACGCAUGACUAUUGUCGCGAAAUGUCGGCCAGAUGUCCGCCAACUCAAGUGCCGAUAGCAGAACAGUGUUUCGACAAGGUGAAACUUCAAAAUAGUUCAUGA